AUGGACAUGAGUAUAUGUUGGCGUCACCGGCAAGGAAAAGACAGAGAUAUUAAACGCAUACUCUCCUCGUUCCAGCUCGCCACCGUUGUUUCCAACCAGCAACAAAGUGAUAUUGACGCCGACACGAUGGCGACUCCAUAUUCAGAACCCAAAAACUCUCUUCAAGCCAGCAAACCAGUCGUGGUUGGUGUGUACGGCAUCCCUGGCUGUGGCAAGUCGUCCAUGCUAGUCGAGCUGAGGAACAGGUUGGGCGAGGAGCAAUUCAGCUUUCAUGAAGGCUCCCAAGCUAUUGCCUCUCUGCUUCCAGGAGGCCUUGCCGCUUUCCACCAGGCCAGCCAGGACGAAAAAGCGCGCUAUCGUGAACUUGCGAUCAAUGCCAUUGCAAAUGAGGCCACCAAGAACCAAAAGGUUGCCGUUGUUGCCGGUCAUUUUAUGUUCUGGUCCGAGAAAGACCAGCAGUACCACAAGGUCUGCACCAAGGCCGACCUCGAAACUUAUACCCACAUAAUCUACUUCGACACGGCGGCAGAUAUCGUUUCGCUGCGCCGUCAAGACGACAAGGGGAGAGAGCGGCCCACAAUGACUCCGGCUCGCUUGGACGACUGGGCCAAAACGGAAAAGAGGGAGCUCCAGCGGCUGUGUCGUAGCAGCGGCAUCCUGUUCAUUGCGUUGUCUGAAGCAGAAAGGGGGGCCCUGUCGGUGAGGAUGAUCAACCUUCUUCUGGACUUUCAGCACCAUUGCUCCCAACAUAACCUACGGCUUGCGCAGAAUCGCCUAGACAGCAUCAGCCUCAGGUCGGGCUUCACGAUGGACUGCAAGCAGCCGUGCACAAUGCUGGUGUUGGAUGCCGAUAAAACAUUGGCUACUCAGGAUACGGGCAAGCUUUUUUGGGAGGUGAUGCUGAAGAAGAAUCUACUCGAUCCGAGCUCGUUGGAAGGAAAGUUCGAAGAUCCUUUGACCACGCUCUUCAGCAGCCAGCUGGGAUACUCGUACACAGCCUUUCGCCAGGCAACAUUGCUCUAUGAACAAUACUCCGAUGAGCAGGUCUUUGAGGGGGUUUGCCGGAGCAUAGCGUCCCUGGUCAAGAUGCAUCCAGCAAUGGUUUCCCUGCUGCAAACAGCUGAGCGCAAGAGGAAUGUCUCAGCAGUGGUGGUAACGUGCGGUCUGCGGCGUGUUUGGGAGAUCGUCCUGGCCAAUCACGGGUUGAUGGGGACAGUCAAAGUCAUUGGCGGAGGGCGCAUUUCGGACGGGUUUGUGGUCACAGCCCAAGUCAAGGCGUCGCUGGUUGAGCGGUUGCAAAACAUGUAUGGCCUCUAUGUGUGGGCCUUUGGAGAUAGCCCCUUGGACAUUCCCAUGUUGCGCGCAGCGGACGAGGCUAUUGUAGUGGUAGGAGAGCAAUAUGUGCGGAGCAGAAGCAUGGAAACGCACUUGCUCCAGGCCAUCGACUCGGGUAACUUUCGUCCGCGACAAGUCUUGCUACCAGAGACUGCAGCACCGCGCCUGGAUGUUGAAAGGCUUCCCCUUGUCAAUAUCGAGAGCUCCGAAUUUCUUUUCGAAAUAUCCCGUCAACGUGACCAUCGACGUCAGCCAACUGCCGAACACCACAUCGUUCAUGCCACAGGCAGAGCUGCUGCCAAGCUUCUGACCACAGCCACGCGUGACGCAAGAGUUUCGGGGCCGGCACUGCGCGAGGCACAUCGACUCGUGGGGCGGUAUCUUGCAACAGAGCUAUUGCCGGAUGUCGUUGGCACCGAGGAGUACGAGAUUCCGCACGUUCAGGGGCAUCAGACACUUGGUCAUCGCGUAAAGAACGAGAAGAAGACAGCAAUUGUGCCCCUUAUGCGUGGGGGCGAGUCCAUGGCAUUCGGUAUCAGUGAUGUGCUUCCGCUUGCCAUUUUUCUCCAUGCCAAAAGGCCAGAAGACGUCGAAGCGCGUCACUUGUUGGGGCUCGAGACGGUUCUGCUGGUCGACUCGGUGGUCAACACUGGCAAAAGCAUUGUUGAGUUUGUGCGACACAUUCGCGGCCUGAAUUCCAGAGUAGGUAUUGUGGUGAUGGCUGGGGUUGUCCAGGCCAAGGCGGUUGCUGCCGGUCCUGAGGGAGUCCUCCACCAACUGCAUCAAGGCGAUCCCAAGGUGGACGUUGUGGCCUUUCGGCUAUCCGACAACAAGUUCACGGGGAAAGGGGUGACUGACACGGGGGCGCGCCUGUUCAACACGACCGAGUUAGAAUAG